AUGACCCAUAAAUCGUUUAGAACAAGUGUAUUUUUGUUGAGUGUAUUUUUGGAAAUUUCAGACGUGUUCACAAAGUCUCCUCAAGCCUCUCAAGUAUGUAUCAUCGGUGCUGGAUACUCGGGCCUGGCCACGGCUCGGUACAUGAAGGACUAUGGCCUCAACUUUAAAGUGUUCGAGGCCACUCGUUACAUAGGAGGAACCUGGAGGUUAGAUCCCAACGUUGGGACUGAUGAAGAUGGAUUGCCUUUAUUUACAAGCCAAUAUAAGAACCUAAGAAUCAACUCCCCAUAUCAAACAAUGGAGUUCUCUGGCUUUCCGUUUCCAGAAGGCUCAGCUUCAUAUGUGACUGGCACCUGUUACUAUGAGUACUUGAAGGCUUUCGCAAAAAAAUUUGACUUAUUCAAAAAUAUUCAGUUUCGAAGCCUAAUUACGAAAGUUAAAUGGACAGGAGACAAAUGGAAAGUCACAUACAUGAAGAGUGAUACCAGAAAGAAUAUUACAGAAAAAUGUAAUUUUGUAGUCGUUGCAAGCGGAGAGUUCAACUCACCCAAUAUACCACAUUUUGAAGGACAAGAGGCGUUUAAAGGUAAACUAAUGCACAGUCAUAACUACAAGGAUCCUGAAGAUUUCCGGGAUCAACGCGUACUAGUCAUAGGUGGAGGUCCAUCAGGUCUGGACAUCGCUGCACAUCUUGUCAACGUGUCCUCAAAGCUUUUCCACAGUCAUCAUCUUAUUUACAACGAGCCUGACUUCGGUGGCCAAUACAUGAAAAAACCUGACUUGCGCCAUUUCACUUCAACGGGUGCUGUGUUUACAGACGGUAGUACUGAAGAAUUUGAGGUGGCCAUACUUUGUACAGGUUACAACUACAAGCAUCCAUUCCUGAACCAUAAAACAAGCGGAAUAACGGCGACUGACAAGUACCUGAUGCCUCUGUACCAACACAUAGUGAAUAUUAAUCAUCCCACCAUGUUGUUCGUGGGAAUAUCUAAGUUGGUGAUGACCAGACUUCGGGAUGCCGAGGCUCAAUAUUCAGCAGCAUUAGUAGCAGGAAAGUUCAAGCUGCCUUCACAAGAAGAGAUGUUUCACCAUUGGCUCGAUCACUUAGAAUCUAUUAAAAAGAAAAACCACCAAAUGAAGGAUAUCAACCUUAUUGGGGUGGAGAAUAUGAGCGAAUAUUUAAAUGGAUUGCACAAAGAGGCAGGAAUUGCGCGAAUGCUUCCAGUUCUUCCAUCUAUGAGCGUCUUCAACGAAAUGAAUUUACUAGAAGACUUCUUAAACUUUCGGGAUUACGACUAUAAAAUAAUUAGUGAUACACAAUAUGUUAAAUCAUACAACCCGAAAAAAAGACCUUGUCUCAUAUAUAAUAAUUAA